UACCGGUCGCGUCGCGAACGCGAAUAGCUAGCCAUCAUGGCGCAUACGUUGAAGUGCAACAAUUGUAAUAUUGUGGUGAACGAGCUGUUGGCGUUUGUGAUAAAUAAGUUACAUGUUAUGGACGAUGAGAGCAUGAGCAGAAUUUGUUUGGCCUUCUUUACGGCUCAAGACAUAAGGACGGCUAAGGAUUUACUGUUUUUAUCCGUCCCGGUACGAAAAAGGAAGAUAAACCGAAGACGAGAGGGGCAUCAGCGCCGUGAUAUUGACGAUAUUAUUGACCUUGCGCGAGAGACAGAUCCUGACAAGUUUCCGGUUUUUGUGGCCAAGGACUUACACAAGCUACCGCCAAUAGACUUUGACUCUGUGGACUUAACUUCGCUUCUUAAAGAUAUGGUAGUGCUUAAAAAUGAACUGCAAACCAUAAAAGCGCGGUAUGUUACGCAGGAGCAGUUUGAAAAUCUGGAAAAGACUGCUAUGGAGUGCCGUAGGAUUUCCAACGAAAGUGAUCCAUUCUAUAGAAACGUCAGUCAUUCAAAUUUAAAUGUUAACGUUAGACGUGGUGCAUAUUUAAACAGCGGACCAAUGGGUUUACACAUAUCGAGCAGUAUAGAAAAUGCCGAUGAACAUAACAAGACUGUCCUGGUAUGUUUCAAUAACAUAAGCUAUGCCGAUGACAUGGUACUGUUGAGUCCGUCGGUCGGUGGUCUGAGAUUGCUUAUUGAAAGGUGUGAGUCAUAUGCCCUAACGCAUAACCUUAAAUAUAAUGUAAGCAAGAGCGAAUAUAUGGUGUUCAAAGCGGGAAGCAAGUGCCCAUCACACGUCCCACCCAUUCGUUUGAAUGGCGUGGAACUGAAAAGGGUUUCCUCAUUUAAAUACCUUGGGCACUUGGUAACCGACGAUUUCCGUGAUGACGCCGAUAUUGAGAGGGAGCGGAGGGCCCUGGCCGUCAGGGCCAAUAUGAUAGCUCGCAGGUUCAGCCGGUGUACAGCGCAAGUUAAACUAACAUUAUUUCGAGCGUUCUGUACAUCGCUGUACACCUGCAGCCUGUGGACUCGGUACACGCAAAGGGCUUUCAACGCCAUGCGCGUACAAUAUAAUGACGCGUUCAGGGUACUGUUGCGGCUGCCUCGGUACUGCAGUGCGUCGGGCAUGUUCGCGGAUGCUCAUGUGGACGGAUUCCACGCGACACUGCGCAAGCGCUGCGCCGCGACGCUCCGCAGGGUGCGCGACAGCCGCCACAGUCUCCUGACCGUCGUGGCUGACAGAUGGGACAGUGGCCUGAUAAGACACUGGUCCUCUCUGCAUUUAUCUUUAGCACCUAAGAUAGUUGUGUAAGUUU